AUGAUCAGUCACCCAAAUGUGGUGAAUCUCCUUGAUGCAUUCGAACAGUCUAGAAUUCUGUAUCUAGCAUAUGAGCUUAUGGAUCUCUCAUUGGAGCAACUUCAGUCUGGCAUCCAAUUAAAGGAGUCUGACCUUGCCUUCAUUUGCAAAGAGCUCUUGCAUGGGCUUUGGUAUAUUCACCGAGAUCUCGGUGUUUGCCAUACAGCCCUCACUUAUGACAAUGUGUUCAUAUCAUCGCAGGCAGCAAAUAUAGCAGCCUGUCUGCUUGAACGACAUCAAGGGUCUGAACAGUUCGAUAUCAAGUCUAUUGGUAUUAUGAUUUGCAAAGUCCUCGAGCCAGGGCUCUCUACUCAUGACCUUCAGGCUUCUCAUGCCAGUCUCUCCCACGGUAGCGAUAGCCUACGUGCGUUCAUUUCUACAACUGCGACAGAAACAAUACAAGCGCUUUUGCAGCAUGUCUUCAUAUCAUAUGCAGCUGCUGAUGGAUGCUUGGUUGUACCUGUUAUGAAGGUCCGAGGGUUGGUUCUACAUGAUUACGAAUAA